AUGAAGUUGGAGAUGGUGCCACCUGCAUCUAUUUGCUCAAAAGCUCAUUAUUGUGAUAUUGGACCUGCACUUUGUACAGCUACGGUAACACGAGUCGAAUAUCCCCACUUAUUAUGGCUUCUUCCAGAUAUACCGUGUAUAGAAAACUUUACUAAUGAUGAGAAAAUAACCCAUUAUCAAAGUAGACCGAUAUUAGUAGAUGCUCGAUCUACCGAUUUGUAUCCUGUUGGUUGGUCCGAAUUUGUUGGUCAUCCACUUAUUCCUCCAAGUGGCUAUGAUAUUAAAGAAAGCUUUUCAUCAGAAGUUCAUGUCGAAAAAUCUUACAGUAAUAAUGAAAAUGAAGAAUCAACUACUCCCUCUACACAAUUAAAGAAAGACUGUUGUAUUCCUGGAGGUUUCAAACCUACACAUGAACUUCAAAGUUACAUUAUACCCUAUAUCAAAGAGGAAAUAUGUCCACCCAUUUAUAUCAAUUCAAGAUGUUACCUUGGUCCCUUUUUAUGUAAAUCUAACCUUGACUUACUUCCUCGUCAAUUCGGUCCUGGUUCAGUAACAAGAGUGAUGCAAUGCUUAAUUACUCGUUUGAUCCGUGCUGCCCAUAAACCUGUGCGCGUAUUACGAAUGUUCGAAGCUGAUUGGGUUACUGGGAUGGCAUCUGUUCUUAAUAGUCGCAAAUUGUCAGGGAUAAACACCAAAGAUUGUGGAACAGCUGAACUAGAUAAUAAUUCUCGAGUACGAAGCACUAUUCAUCCUUCUCUUCAACAGGCUAAAAAAGAAGUCAUUGAACAGCGUCGUGAAGCUAUGCGUGUGGUUUUAGUAAGCGUGAGAUGUCCUAGACGAGGAAUAAAAAUUGAGGUGCCAGUGGAAGUUUGUUGUCGAACAAGAGCAGUUGAAGAAUAUUGUCGACAGAUCUCUCUAGUUUUUGAAGCAUGUCCACAUCUCCUCAGUCUUGUUCCUCCUCCAUUACCAGAAGAAUCCAACUCAAUUAUAUCACCAUCUGUCAAUGGAUUAGAUACUGAUCGUCUCUUUUUACAGGAAUCAAGUGGAAUAAUCCCUAACCUAAGUGCAGCUCAAAUCCCUACUGAAAAUAUCUCUUUGAUUGACGACUGUCCAUCUUUCUGUAGUGUCCGUUUGCGUUCGCGUUACUUUGAUCGUCUUCCAGGAUGGAAAAGGCGUCUGACUGCCUUACGUGCAUUUACUGACUCUUUUUAUCUUGAUAGUGAUCAGAAUCGCAUUAUUUCGGGUGCUCCCAACAGCCAUGUCACUCGAUCUACAUCAACAUUACAAAACAAUUUAAAUUGGGUUAAUAGGCUUGAAUCCCAAUCCUUUUUUCAGUCAAAUAGUUGCAAAGUUCCUAAUUCAAAGAAUAAUAACCUUGUGAACAGAGCCAAACGAAAGCAUCAAAACUACUCACGAAACUCCAUGGAACAUGGUAAUGAAAAUAUCUCGAAUGGUUUCAAAAACAUUAAUAAUGGGCGUACUGGGUCCAAAAGAUCUGUCCGCUCCAACUUUGUCAAUCCAGCAGGCAAAAAGCGUAUCAUUAGUUCGGAUACAAUUAUGGUAAACCAUCAGACAUCAUCCAUUCGUGAAUCACACAGCCAUCCCGCGUGUACUGCUGCCUUUGAUACCCCGAAAAAUGUACACACCCCUCCUGUCCCUAACUUGCAGCAUUCAUGGCACUUGAAUCAUUUAUCAGCCGCCCCAUCAAGCUACUGCUUAACCGUACCCAACAUUCCAAAUUCUUCACACAGUAACAGUCCAGUUACCGCACAACUACCUCCAAAUCAUAUUCCACUAAUGGAAAGAGAUAUUGACUCGUGGCUCUGCAAUAUUCCAAGAGUAGUUUUACCAAGCAAUCCUAUGUUUUGGACACCUGUUGACUUAGCUUCAUAUCUUGGCAGUACCGAUUGUCGAGAAAUGUGGCCAUGGCUUGCAGCGGAAGCUGUAGAUGGGCAAGCAUUUAUGUUAUUAACUUUACCAGUUCUGCAUAGACUAGUUGGUUUACGCUGGAAUGAUGCUGUACGUCUUGCACGGCAUGUAAUGUCUGUUAAACAAGCCUUUCUAGAACAGUUUAGUAUGAAUCCACAUUUAAAUGAAACAUAUUCAACGGAUAAUGUAACAUCGUGA